GUUUUUAGUUUUUAUUUUGGUUUGACAGCCUGACCGGAAGUGGCGCAUUUGUUCACUCUUCGAGGCUUUUAUUCUGAAACUCGCCGGAAGCUGUAGCGUCGUUAUCCGGUUUAACUUGUCUCCUCCGCUCCGAGUCCGAGUUUCCCCUCCCAGAACAGAACUGCCAGUCUGACCCGAACCGCUCUGGACUUUACUGGCUGAUUUUACCGGGACCACAGAACGGAACCACAGUCACACCGGGACCAGAACCAGGACCAGGACCGGAUCAGAGAUGAGCCGCCGCCGCCCGCUCCUGCUGUAGGUCCGUGAUGGCCGCCGUGUUUCCUGCAGGCGGAGGAGACGCAGCCCGGUCCAGACUCCACGCUGGUCAUCAUGGCCUCGCUGGACGGAAGCACGUCGGCUGAGACGCUCCUGGCAGCCAUCCACCUGGACAGGUACCUUGACACCUUCUGCAGAGCCGGCCUCCUAUUGGCCCGAGACUUCACCCACCUGGACCAUGAUGGCUUGGUCAGCCUGGGUGUAACCGCCACGGGACACAGGAAGAGAAUCCUGCGCCUGGUCAGCCACAUCCAGAGGGCGGAGACUCAGAGAGCCAAUCAGACGGCAGACCUGUUGAGUGACAGUUCGGCGGCCAUGUUGAUGAGCUCCGACGGCGGCGCGGCGGCGGCGAAGCCCGUCCCCAAACCCCGGACCGUGUUCAACCGCCGCAGGACGGCGCCCGUUCAUUUCUGUCCCGCACCUGAACCGACGCCGCCCACGUCCAGGAGGCUGUCCCAGGAGUCCAUCUGCUUCACCACGUUAGAGGGUCUGGACUCAAAGGCCACGCCCACUCCACGUCGAACCUCGGAGGCCAUGCCCACUCCCGGUUCAACUUCAGAGGCCACGCCCACUCCUGGUCAAACCUCAGAGGUUACGCCCAGUUGUUCGACCUUAUCGUCAUCGCCAGGUUGUGUUGUAACCUCAGAGGCCACGCCCACUCAUGGUUCAGUUUUGGAGGCCACGCCCACUCCGGGGGACGUUCGGAGACCAAGCCAGACCAGCAGGACCAGACCCAGCCGCAGUCUGUCCCUGUCGGACGCUGGAGGAGUGGUCCCCCCUGUCCCCCCGAGACUGAACCGCGUCGCCUCUACAGUGACUCCGCCCUCUUUCUCUGUGGCCCCACCCUCCUCGUCUGCACGGACAGAACUGAGACGGGCCACGUCCUCGCUGUCCUCUCGUUCCGGGAGUCUGGACGGAACCAGACUCUCUGGAUCCCCAGGUUCUCCCAGCGGGGGAGGGAUUGAGAUGGUCUCCAACGACAUCUACUGGGGCACUUCUCCCAUCUCUGCUGCCCCCACUGGUGGGAGGGGUUACUGCAGCCAAGCUCCACCCACUCCGCCCAGAAACGCCUCGGACAGGAACAGUGGCAGCACUUUAAGCAACAACUCUUCAGGAUCAGCCAGAGAUGAUCUGGAGGAAGAGAUCAGCCCUUACUGUGAAUCUGUUUUCCAAAGCAGAAGACCUCCACACGCCGCUGAGAGCGACAGAAGCAGAUCAGACAGCAGAGAGACCAGGACGGAGGAGGACAGACUCGCUGAGGAUCAUGGGGCUCAACGAUUCUCCUGGAAGAAGCGUUUAUCGCAGGUUUUUCACGCUGGAGAUGCUCAGGGUUACAGCACCGUCGGAGAAGCUCCGCCCCCUCCUCGCUGCCUGUCUUUGCCCCCCCACACCUUCCCCUCAGAGGCCGACGAUGAGCUGACAAUCUCCCCGUACGCCAGCUACACAUCCCUGACCGAGAGAGCCCCGCCCAUCAUUAGCGGCUGGCUGGACAAACUGUCGCCACAGGGGAACUACGUCUUCCAGAAGCGUUUUGUGAAGUUCGAUGGAAAGAACCUGAUGUAUUUUGGCAGUGAGAAGGACGUCUACCCUAAAGGAGUCAUCCCAUUGGCUGCCAUGCAGAUGGCCCGCCCAGCCAAGGACAACAAGUUUGAAAUCGUGACGAGUCACCGAAUUUUUGUGUUUCGGACGGAGAACGAAGGCCUGAAGCGGCGCUGGGUGUCCACGCUGCAGGAGCACGUCCGGGACCAGCUGGUGUUCGGGCGCCACCGGUUUGGACCCGGGUCUCACUGUCAGAGACACGGCGCCCUGGAACUGAAGGGGACCAAGUCCAAAGUGUACGCCGCCAUCAACACCGACCAGAUCUGGCUUUACAAGAGUGAACAGUGUUUCCGUAACGGAAUCGGGAUCACCGUCAUAGAGGCUCGAGGAGCGACGAUCCGAGACGGAAAGCACCGAAGCUUUGAGCUCAUCACACCGUACAAAACAUUCAGUUUCAGCGCCGAGUCGGACCGGGACAAGCGGGACUGGAUGGAGGCGCUGCAGGAGGCCAUCGCUGAGACCCUGUCAGACUACGAGGUGGCCGAGAAGAUCUGGUCCAACCGGUCCAACAGGACCUGUGCCGACUGCAGGACCCUGAACCCAGACUGGGCCUCCAUCAACCUGUGUGUGGUCAUCUGCAAGAACUGUGCAGGGCAGCACAGGAGUCUGGGGACAAUGGUCUCUAAAGUUCAGAGUCUGAAACUCGACACCAGCGUGUGGAGCAACGAGAUCGUCCAGCUCUUCAUCAUGCUGGGGAACGACCGGGCCAAUGAUUUCUGGGCGGCCCGCCUGUCUGAGUCCGACGAGCUGGACUGCGACGCCUCGCCUGAGCAGAGGAGGGACUUCAUCACCCAGAAGUACCGGGACGGCCGGUUCCGACUGGCCCACCCAGCGUUCGGCAGCCAGGAGGAGCUGCUGAAGGUCCUGUGCACCGCCGUCUCGGAACAGACGCUGCUGAAAACAGUCACUCAGAUCUUCUCAGAGGCGGAGUCGGCGUGCCUGGCCGGCCAAUCAGACGGCUGCCAGCGAGGACACAAACACCCGGACCACCUCAGCUCCUCAGAUCCCAGCGUCUACGAUGAAAUCAUGCAGCCCGUCCUCCACUCCGGGUUCCUCUACAAGGCCUCGUCCGUCAACAGAGGAACCAUGACUCGGAAGACACGGGAAGACUUCCAGAAGUUCUGGUGCACGGUGGACCAGUAUCUGCUCCUGUACGAGUCGGACCGGUCCUCAGAACCCUGCGUGCAGAUCAGCGUUAAAAACAUUGUCUGUGUGGGCGUGAGUCGGCCCGAUACGUCCAGCAACAACAACGGAUUCAUCGACAGGUUCCGGUACACCUUCGAGUUGUACCUGACUUCAGAGAAGCUGCACCUGUUCGGUUUGGAGACGGCGGACGAGCUGCACAGCUGGACCAGAGCCAUCGGACAGGCUGCCACGCCCCUCAGCUGUCACUGCCUGCUGACCCGGGAGUUCGAGCGGGUCGGACUCCUGCGGUACCGGGCCAUGUUGGACCCUCAGCAGUGGAAGGAGGCUUACUUUGUCCUGCAGAAGUCCAACCUGUUCAUCUGUCCCCGAAACGACGGAGCGGCCGAGGACAUCAUCAACCUGAACCGGCUGCAGGAGCUGAGUGUCACCUCGGAGAGCGAGAACCACGAGAAGAAAGACGUCCUGGUGCUGGUGGAGAAGGGCAGAACUCUGCACCUGCAGGGAAUGGGUCGGACCGACUUCUCUCUGUGGUACGCUGACGUCCAGCGGGCGGCCGGAGGAAAAGGAAACACGCUGAGGGAGCAGCAGCUGAGCAGGAACAACAUCCCCAUCAUCGUGGACAGCUGCAUCGCCUUCAUCACACAGUACGGUCUGGGCCACGAGGGGAUCUACAGGAAGAACGGAGCCAAGUCCAGGAUCCGGCUGCUGAUGGACGAGUUCCGUAAAGAUGCUCGUAACGUCAAGCUGCGGAUUGGAGACCACUUCAUAGAGGACGUGACCGACGUUCUGAAGAGGUUCUUUAGGGAGAUCGACGACCCCAUCUUCAUGGCCGAGCUGCACCCCCUGUGGCAGGAGGCUGCAAAACUUCCUCAGAAGUCCGCCAGAUUGGACCGCUACAAAGAUAUCAUCCGAACCCUUCCCCGGGUGAACAGAACCACUCUGGCUGCUCUCAUAAGUCACCUAUACAGGGUCCAGAAGUGUGCCGACCUGAACCAGAUGUGCACCAAGAACCUGUCGCUGCUGUUCGCCCCGAGCUUGUUCCAGACGGACGGGAAAGGUGAGCACGAGGUGAAGAUCGUGGAGGACCUGAUCGAUAACUACCUGUACGUCUUCGAG